AUGAAUCAUUCUCGCAUUGACUCCCGCACCAUAACUCGGCCAUCGAAGAAGGGACAAGCGUUACCAGAAGCGACCGUUGCGCCAGUUGCGAAAGUCGACAGUCAACCACAAACAACAGCAGCAACACAAAUGGCUGCCGCCGCUGCUGAUAUUCCAACCGUUCCUCCAGUGCAACAUCUACAACAAAAACCGCAACAGCCUCAAUCAAAAGCAGUUCCAGUCGCCUCUCAGGGUGUUCCAGUUGUAUCUGCUGUCACAUCGUCAUCAGCUUCAUCAGCAGCCGCAACAGUUUCGGCCACUGCAGAGCCUCAGCCGAGCGUUCCUCCAUCAACGGCCCACCCAACACAACCAACACCAAAAGCACCGGCACAGCCUCAGCAACAGUCUCAGCAGCAACGGCCUCAGGUUCAUCAGCAGCCUCCACAACAACAGCAACAGCAAUCUCAGGUUGUUACUGCUGCUCCAGUGAAAACUUCAAGUGCACCUCCUCACGGUGAUGCGAAUGCAGUUGCGGCAGUAAAAGCUGUUGAACAAGCUAAAAAGGAAGAUCCACGAUCAUCAAGCCACCGAGUUCGUCAACGUACAGUGACGGUACACAGUCAGUUCGCCAUUGAUGUCGCUACAGCAUUCCACGAAAUAAAACAGAUGGGACUUGACGAUCCGCUAACGGAAGCCCAACGUCGAAUACAAGCCGUGAUAGCUAUGAAGGAGAAGGAAUGGGCAGCUAGAUUUGAGAAGAUGGGUCAAGUUUUGGCUCAUGAACAAAAGAAGUCUGAUGUAUUGGAGCAGAAAGCGUCCGAGAGGUUGUUGUUGGUUGGCGAACAAGAAGCUUGCAUUAAGAAGCUCGUUGAACAACUAAAGAGGAUCUCACAAAAAGGUUCAUUCGUUUAUUCAAUGAACAAAUUUACUUUACAUUCAUCAACACAGCCGUAA